GCGAUGCAAAUUAAGAUGUUCGGUCGGAAUUCACUUUUUGAUUUAUUACCUUAUAAAGCGGGCUCUGCGCCGAACGUGCAAAAAAAUAAUAGUGAAAUCAAAGAAAUAUGGGAUAUUCCCGCGCUGUUGGCGAAAGUUCCCAAGUUGGGAGCAGUCAUUGACUUGACGAACACAGCUCGCUACUACGACCCCGCAGAACUUGUGAAGGCAGGUGUCAUACAUAAGAAAAUAUUAAUGCCCGGUCGCAUUAUACCGCCCGAAAACAAAGUGCAGGAAUUCUUUCAAGCCGUUGACGAGUUCUUGGGAAAAAAUCGCGAUCACCUGCUGGGCGUCCACUGUACGCACGGACUCAAUCGGACCGGUUACAUGGUGUGUAGAUUCAUGCGAGACCGACUAGGGAUUCCUGCCAAGGACGCUAUUAAGAAAUUCGAAAGAGCACGUGGCUAUCAAAUAGAAAGAGAGAAUUAUAUAGCAGAUCUGUUAGGCAAGGAACCACCUCCUCCCGAUGUAGGUAAAGAAACUGAAAUUAAAGCAGUCGCAACAAGAAGAGAUUACGCAUAUGUAUCGCCACUUCAAAACGAUGAUGAUUAUUACUACACACAGAGCCAUGAUAGAUAUAAUAGAAAUAACAGAAGUAAAGAAACUAGAAGAAGAGGUGACAGACGUCCAGAAAAAAGCAGUGAUAGGGAAAGAUCAAGACAACGUAAAGAAGCAUACGAUUAUAGGUACGAUUAUUGAUGUAUGUGAUAAUUAUAUUGUAAUUAUUUAUGAGUGGCAGUGGAUUCUAUUAAAUCAGACGCAAAUAUACGUUAAGUAUUUUCAG